AUGAUUCAAAAAUGAAUUUAGCGAUUAUUUAUAAAACUACGCAAAUGUCAAUUAAGUUCUUACAAAUCUGCUCAAAAGUCAUUCAAUUUUUAUUCCUCGGAAGUUAAGCUACAAUUUUAAAUUGAAUUGUAAUUUAUAAAAUAGUUGACUAUCAAAAUGGAAGCGAACAACACAUUAAAGCUCUUCUCGGCAUCAUUGCUGCUUAUAUCCUCGAUAAACUGCGAAACUAUCAAUAUGGAUUGUUCAAUGAUGCAAAAACUCUUUCAAGCUACCGGAUUCAUUUCAUAUUGUGAAGUUAAAUCAUCACUAAUCAUCCAUGACAGAAACACAUUCAUAAAUCUACAAUCGAGCAACACAGAUCAAAUUUUUGGAGUCAAAAUCAUCAAUCAAGAAGUCUUUUAUAUUCCUAAAUUUGACAAAAAAUUCCAAAAUGACUUUUUAUUAUUUUCAAUCAUAAAAUCAAAGUUGCAGGAAAUAAAUUCUGAAGAUUUGUAUAAUUUUAUAUCUUUGGAGGUGCUGGAGCUGAAUGGAAAUGAGAUUACUUAUCUUGGAGCCAACUUACUGAUCAGAAACACAAAACUAAGAACAGUUGACUUCAGUUCCAAUAGAAUCAACUCAAUUCACGUUUCAAUCCUUGAAUCGAUGCAAAAACUAAAGUUUUUCAACUUUUUCGGAAAUGGAUAUGAAUCAUCUAAUGAAUGUGGUGUCAAGAUGUGUGGAUUUAAUAAUUGUACAAAUGAAUCUUUGACACUGAUCAAUGAGCCAGUCAAAAUUAAAAAAAGUUUUAGUUUUUUGGAUGUUUUUAAGGUUAAAUUGGAGAUGAACAGGAUAGGAAUUUGGAUUUUGAUGCUGAUCACAACUGUAGGUUUUUUGGUGAAUUUGUGUUGGGUUAGCUGGGCUAUUUUUAAGAAGGUUCAAUAAAAUAUGUUACAAUUAUGAUGUUCAGAGCUCGAAGUUGACUUGAGAUUUUUAUCGAUUUUAUCUGGUUGAGUCGACUCGACUGCAUACAAAAUUUCAUCGAUUUCGAGCUCAUAUGAUGACUAAAUACAGGAAGG